UUCCGGCCGCCAACGGCGACAGCGUUUUUUCGCGGUAAAAUGAAACAGAUCAACUGAUGUCGGGCAGAUUUACUUAGAGUUUUUCAACUUGACAGCUAAACUCUAUCGAACUCUUGUAACUACAGCGUAAAAGUCGUGUUGUCCAGAUAGCAGGUCGUCGGUGUUGUUAUGCAGAGAGAGCAGAGCUAGCGUUAGCAACAUUACAGCACUGAGCCUCCUGACGUCUGACCACAUACAGCACUGAACAAUGGCACUAGUAAGCGCUGAGGAGCUACAGUUAGAGCUGGACAUGUUCGGCAUCCCCUGCCAGGAUGAAUCCGUCCUCGACAAGAUGGUGGAGCAAUGCAUCUGCUACAGGCUACAAGCAGAUGAGAUGCUGCAUCAGUGGGUGGCCUACAGCUCCACCAAUGAUGGACUGAAGCUCACUAUUGACACCCUGGACCAGUUUGAACAUGAGAUUUUAAAGAAGAGGAACAGAUCCAAACAAGGCUUCAGAAAGGACGAGAGUCAUAGCAGAACCAGAGACAUUCACACGUUACAGGAUUUAAUCAAAGCUGAGGAAGAGGAGGAGACCCUCUUAGACGCCUACUCUACUCCUGCUAAGGGAUCUCAGAAACGAGCACUAACCACUCCAGAGCAUCCUCGUUCGAAGAGGAGUACAGCUCUGUUAGCCAGCCCAGGCCUGCUGCUGUCUCCAGCCAGCUUCUCUCCCAGCACCACACCCUCACAGAAGUACAGCCAGCGAGGUGGGAAAGGUGAGGUGGUGGUCACGUUUGGGGCCGUGCAGGGAACCCGUUGGGUGGGCAGGAAGAAUCCGGGUGCAGGCGUCCAGCUGGAGCUCCUGGGAGGCCCUGAGGACUCCCUCCACUGCAGCUACAAAUACAUGUUCCAGAGGCUGCGAGAUAUUCGAAAUGUGUUGACAGAGAAGAUUGAGGAGCUGGGAGAAAACUUAAGGACUCACUUCAGCAUUGAAGAAUUCUCCCCCGUCUCUCUGCCUGCCCAGGACAGUAUAACAGUGUUGGGUCAGGUUUGCUGCGACGGUAACGGCAAACUAAACGCUCAGUCGGUUCUGUUGGAGGCAGGACCAGAGCAGGGUGGUCAGCAAGUACCUGUCGACCUGGCAGAGCUGAAAGAGUAUUCCCUCUUUCCUGGCCAGGUGGUAGUGAUGGAGGGAAUGAACGCUACAGGAAGAAAACUGGUGGCUUCCAAACUCUAUGAGGGAGUUCCUCUUCCUUUCUACACUUCUACCAUAAAAAUGGAGACUGAUGAAGAACCAAUGAACGUGCUGGUGGCCUGUGGACCGUACACUCCCUCCGACAGCCUGACCUUCGACCCUCUGCUGGAUCUAAUCUCCAUCAUCAUCAGGGAUCGUCCUGAUGUCUGCCUGCUGCUGGGCCCAUUUGUGGAUUCCAAACAUGAACAAAUUGAGAAAGCUCAGGUGACCGAGACGUUUGAGGCCAUUUUCUCAAGAUGCAUCGAAAGCAUUGUAGAUGGCACCAAAAGUGUUGGCUGUCGCCUGGUGUUUGUGCCCUCUCAGAGAGACAUUCAUCAUCAUUUCAUCUACCCACAGCCACCCUUCAGCCUCCCAAACCUCAGCAAGGACCAGGCCCAGCGUGUCACACUGGUCCCUGAUCCCUGCACCCUGCUGAUUGACGGCGUCACCUUUGGCGUGACGUCCACAGACAUUUUGUUCCACAUGAGUGCAGAGGAAAUCAGCUGUGGCACCGGAUCGGACAGAUUCUCACGUAUUCUGAAGCACAUGUUGACCCAGAGGAGUUACUAUCCGCUGUACCCGCCUGUGGAGGAGGUGAACAUGGAUUACGAGAAGUUCCAGAGCUUCGGCCAGAUGUCGCUCACCCCUGACGUUCUCAUCGUUCCCUCUGAACUGCGCUACUUUGUAAAGGAUGUGGUCGGCUGUGUGUGUGUCAAUCCUGGACGGCUGACCAAAGGCCAGGUGGGUGGGACGUACAGCAGGCUGCUCAUUCAAAGCAGCAAUACGUCCGAGGAUGGGAAGAGAGUGAGCCCAUGUUUGACUGCUCAGGUGGUGAAAAUAUAACAGGAGUAGAAACUUUAAAUUCUCAUUGUGAGCUGACUCAGCCAGGACCAGUUUUGCUUUGAGCACUGUUCUCUCCAGGUAUGCUGAGAAAAAAACUUCAAAAAUAAUAAUAACUCACUGUACUGUUUAAACAAAUUCCCAUAUUGAUUUAUUUUUAUACUACACAUGUCAGAAUGUGCUGUGCUCUGGUUGAUGAUGCCAUAACUUGUGGGAUAUCAGUCAUUCAAAUACAGGAGCAACGAUGUCUUCAAUAAAUUAUCAACACUGUACAGUUUUUCUACUUGAAUGUUGUUAUUCUGUGGUUUCAUUCAAAGAGUUUGAAAUGUUCCUUUUCUUCACAAUCUUAUUUACUCUGGCGGUGUUUUAGGUUUCUAUAUUAGGUUUAAGGCGGGAAAAGAAACCUGCCAAAAAUUCCAUGUGUGUAUGUAUGUUGUACUUAAAACUGUAGUCCAAAAAUAAAAUAACUGUUUAGUUUGUGUUCA